AUGCAGUCCGCUCUCGCGUUAGGCGCAUUUGGCACGACCUUGACGACGCUGUCGUUGAGUCUGAUGGAAUGGCGUGGCGUGACCACGACCAACGUCUUUGUCGCAAACUUCUUCUUUAUUGCAGCCUUUGGCCUGGUGGUAACGGCCCAGUGGGAACUCUCCAUUGGGAACGGGUUUGCCUACACUGUGUUUAGUGCAUUUGGACUCUUCUAUGCAGGGUAUGGAGCGAUUCUGACUCCCGCUUUCGGGAUCGAGCAAGCAUACGGCGGUGAUGUCGUGCAGUACAACAAUGCGCUCGGGUUCUUCAUGAUUCUUUGGACGGUCUUUGUGUUUACGUUUCUCAUUGCUUCCCUUCCCAGCAAUCUCGCCUACAUUGCCGUGUUCUUCCUGGUGGACCUGGGGUUCUUGACCGUGGCUGCCAGCUACUUUGCCGAGGCGGACGGACACCAUGCAGCUUCAAUUGCGCUGAAGAAGACCGGAGGGGCGUCGUGCUUUGUGGCGGGGUUAGUAGGGUGGUAUAUUGUGUUGCAUCUACUGUUGCAGGACUCGAUUGUGGAUCUGCCUCUGGGAGACACGUCACGCUAUUUUGAGGCCACGUCCUGGCGAAAUGAAAAACGUUCGCAUCACCUCCCUUCCCUUAGAUCGCUCACUCGCAACCAAAGGUGAGUAUUUCUGCUUCCUUGAUCGUGCCAGUCCUGACGCGACCACGAUGCCGCAGACUGUCGCCUUUGCACCAAGCGGCGCAUCCAAUGCGACCGCACUCUGCCUCACUGUCACAAAUGCACCUCCCGCAAUCUUUCCUGUCCCGGAUUCGAUGCCUUUCAGCUGAAAUGGACUCAGACGAUCACCCUGAAGCCUAGUUCGACUCGAGACACCAGCACAACAACGGAAAGGUUAUCAAAAGAGGUGGUUCAGGCGUCGACCGAGCUGGCGGUCGCAACCCACCCCGAGGCCGAUGCGACCCCAUCACAAG